AGCGCGGCGAGAGUUCAAAUUUGAUUGGCCCACGAUGAAAAUCCGGGCUUUGUUUCUUGCAUUGGUGGUUUUCGUUAGUUUUUGUGAUGGAAAAAUACCACAAGUGAAAUGCGAAAGUGGUGUCAUUAGCGGAAGCUACAUGACAACUCGAAACGGUAAAACUUUCAGCGGUUUUAUGGGCAUUCCUUAUGCUGAACCACCCAUUGGUGAUUUGCGUUUUAAGCCACCAGUUCCAUUACCUCCAUUUAAAGGGGUAUUCAACGCAACUAAAAUUCACCCCGUGUGUCCCCAAAGGGAUAUUUACCGACGGUCCAAUAUUUUCAAAGGGGAAGAGGAUUGCUUGUAUUUAAAUGUCUACACGCCAAAGAUUCCAACCCAAGAUAGUGAUUUACUUCCUGUGAUGGUGUUUUUCCACGGGGGCGGUUGGCUAUGCGGGGGAGGCAACUCGGAAUGGUACGGUCCCGAUAUACUCCUCGACAGAGAUGUGAUUUUGGUCAUCCCUAAUUACCGACUGGGUGCAUUGGGAUUUUUAAGUACCGGCGAUGAAGUGGUGCCCGGCAACAACGGACUAAAGGAUCAAAAUUUGGCUUUAAAGUGGAUUCAAAAGAACAUCGAAUCAUUUGGCGGUGAUCCCAAGAGUGUGACUCUGUUUGGUGAAUCGGCUGGAGGAGCCAGCGUUCAUUACCACAUGUUGUCACCAAUGAGUAAAGGUCUGUUUAGUAGAGGUAUAGCACAGAGUGGCACUUCGCAAUGCAUAUGGGCCUUCGCCCCGAAAGGAGAGUCAGUCGACCACUCCAAAAAACUUGCUGUGACGUUAAACUGCCCGACGAACUGUUCCACACAAAUGGUGGAAUGUUUGAGGAGGAUUGGGGAUCCCCUGGACUUUGUACGAAACGACGUAAUGUUUAUGGAAUGGGAUUUCGAUCCGAUGAUACCAUUUAAGCCUACAGUGGAACCAAACGUGGAGGGUGCUUUUUUAACGGAAGAACCGGUGACUAUAAAAGGCGGCAAAAGUGCUCAGGUACCUUUCGUCGUCGGUGUUACUUCUGAAGAUGGCGGCCUUAGAGGAGCGGGUGUGUUAGGGAAUCCGCAUCUUUUGACGGAAUUGGAUAGGGAGUUUGACAAGGUGGUACCGAUAAGUUUGAUGUACCAGAAAACGGCUGCAGAUGUCAGCUCGGUUACCAAGCAAAUAAGACAAUUCUACUUUGGCGGCGACAAAGUCAAUGCUUCGAAGUCCAAGGAAGUGGUAAACAUGUACACCGACGGGUGGUUUUUGAAUUGCGCUGACGAGACUGCCGUGUUGCACAAAACAUAUUCGCAGCACCCCGUCUAUUACUAUCUUUUCGGGUAUCGAGGUUCGGCGAGUUUCUCCAAGAUAUUCGGCGGGGGAGAUACCGAUUACGGGGUAUGCCACGCGGAUGACCUACAAUAUUUGUUCCCUGUGGGUCUUGACCUUUUCCCAGACGUUAAGCCAAAUGAUGACGACAUUUAUGUGACGGAACUAUUCACCAAGCUAUGGACAAAUUUUGCGAGAACUGGUGAACCUACGCCCGAUGACUCAGACGAAACAAUCCGCGAGAAGUGGCACCCUAUACAGUCGGACAAUAUGGAAUACUAUUACAUCGAUUCCAAGGGCAGCGGGAUGAGAAACGGGUUGUUGCUCGACAGGGCUAAAUUUUGGAGGCAAUUGAAUGCAAAUCCUCGGCUAGUUGAAAACGAAAUAGGCAAAAGGGAUGAAUUGUGAUAAUAUUAACAUGG